AUGUCUAUGAUGUCCGAUAACCGCUCAGUGACCCAUCCGUCGUCAUCUGGUGGCCGAGUCUUGCAGGCCAAAUUCAUCAGACCAGCCCAGAUGGCCCUAUUUGCGAGGGUUGCGUGCUAUCCGCCUUUGGGCGAGGUGACAUGCCUUAAACGAUCACAGGAAUUGGGAUCAGUAGACGAGGACAAGAUCCAAUUCACUGUAAUUCUUUCGUCUAGCACUUCGUUUCCAGAACGGAACUGGGAAGUUGAGAUCUGGCAUAACAUUCUGCAAAACGACCAUUGGAUGUCCCUCCCAUUGACGAGAUCGAAACCAUCAUUCAAACCGACAGUUAUCGGAAACACGGACGAUGUACAAAACUAUCACCAUUAUCUAUACUCGUCAGAGCUGGAGUUACCGUGUUUUGCAGGGAGAGGUACAUUCACAGUUCGCUAUAGGACAGGUCCCGAUACAGACUGGCAAUGGGCAAAUCAGAGGAGUUGUGUCAAAGACGGAGAGAUAGUCUUUGGGGAAAAAAAUCGUGUUAUACUGUCCAAUAUAAAUACUGCGUUGGAAUCCGGUACUGGAUACUCGCCGAGAAGCGCAAUAGGAGAAUAUAUUCAAGGGUUAUCGACGCAACUGGAAGUUCAGGCAAGGAAAAGUGAAACGCCGAACGCACUACUAUGGAGCAUUACAGGGACUGCACCACCUGCAGAGGGUGUGGCAUCGGGAAGAGCCGAAGUAUCUCUCGGCAUACCGAAGUCAUAUCUACGCUACUUUUCGUUGGUGCGAGUGUGGAGUCCUUGGCUCGCCCCAAGACACGGAGCAGAUAAAUUCAGGUUAACAGAAGACGCUGUGCUCUGUUCAUUUCUAAGAUCAGAUGGUCUGAACUUGGUUCUUCUUGCCGUAUCAGGCGUUAACGACGUUCUCACCCUAUUUGGGUCUGGGGCGGAUGGUGACAUCGUGGCAAAGGCUAGGAAUGAAAACACCGAAGAAGCUAAAUUCCAAGUACUUGCAUCUGUCUCAGAGAGCUUCGAGCUUUGUAUAAGCUCGUUGAUUUAUGAGGCUCGAAAGGUUGUUCAAAAUUCAAGUACUGCAGUCGAAUUGCCUGUUGUAUCCGACUUGCCGCCAGAACCCAGCUCUCCCAUUAGCGACGACAUGGUUAUCGUAGGAGACGAUGCUCGUACUCAAUGGCUUGCUGACUGGUACGAGGGUCUGUCGUAUUGCACUUGGAAUGCGCUCGGUCAGAAUCUAACCGAAGACAAAAUACUUGACGCUCUUGAUGUAUUGAAGUCCCACGGAAUCAAAGUUGUAAAUCUGAUUAUUGACGACAACUGGCAAUCCCUUGAUAAUGAAGGAGAAGAACAAUGGAAUCGUGCUUUGAAAAGCUUUGAAGCCAACAAAACAGGGUUUCCUUCAGGUCUACGGCAUACAACUAGCGUCAUACGGCAGCGGCAUCCGAGUAUUGAGCAUAUUGCAGUUUGGCAUGCCCUCAUGGGUUACUGGGGUGGUAUUUCUCCCACCGGGGACCUAGCACAAAAGUACAAGACCAAAGAGGUUGAGAAGAAGGACUCCGUUGCUGGUGGUAAAAUGCUAGCAAUUGAUCCUGAUGAUAUCAAUCGGUUCUACAAUGAUUUCUAUUCGUUUUUAACCUCGGCUGGAAUUGAUGCCGUAAAGACAGACGCCCAAUUUUUCAUUGAUCUGCUGGUCAGUGCAGAGGACCGAAAGCGAUUCAUCUCAUCAUAUCAGGAUGCUUGGACAAUUUCUUCCCUCAGAUACUUCGGCACUCGCUCCGUCUCAUGCAUGUCAAUGACACCGCAGAUAAUCUUCCACUCUCAUAUCCCGGUCAACAAGCCCAGUAUCCUUGUUCGUAACUCCGACGACUUUUUCCCAGAUAUUGCCGAUUCUCAUCCUUGGCACGUAUUUUGCAAUGCUCAUAAUUCCCUUUUGUCAGCUCAUUUGAAUAUUAUUCCUGAUUGGGACAUGUUUCAAACAAGUCAUCCAUAUGCCUCAUUUCACGCCGCUGCUAGGGCUGUAUCGGGGGGGCCAAUUUACAUAACUGACAAGCCAGGUGAGCAUGAUAUCGAACUGAUAAAUCAAAUAACGGCGCCUACUACUCGAGAUACCACUGUUAUACUCCGUCCAAGUGUCGUAGGUCGCACACUGGAUGUCUACCACAACUAUAAUGAAGGGAAUAUUCUCCGUAUUGGAGCUUACAGCGGUUGGGCUCGCACCGGAAGCGGUAUUCUUGGGCUUUUCAACAUCAGUCCAGCGGAUGUCUCGACCAUUGUUCCACUUAACAUAUUUCCAGGUAUCGACACAAGCACGGCAAAUUCAAGCACCUCAUUUCCCGUUCAUGACCAUAGUAAUGGCGAUGCCAGCUAUAUAAUUCGAUCGCAUUCAACCGGCGUUGUCAGCGAUAUCAUGACACCGACUGGAGCACAUUCUUUGGUUUCUGUUUCCCUUGCAACCAAGGGUUGGGAGAUAUUAACUGCAUAUCCUCUCCGUGCAUUCACACUCGAAGGCAGUCGUGGCUGUGCCUCAACGUCCUCCUCGAUGACCUCCUUGCUGACCCAUGUUGCUGUGUUAGGUCUCAUCGGCAAGAUGACGGGUGUUGCUGCAGUGGUCAAUUCAGAUGUCACAGUUGUUGAAAGUGGGCGCCUGAGGUUUGACAUUAACCUGAAAGCUCUAGGCGUACUCGGCAUUUAUCAUUCCAAGCUUGAAAGUAGGGAUAUUGAUAAACAUGUUAUGGUAAUGAUUUCAGGACUCGCAGUACCAAGAGAGACUGUGUGGAAGGAUCGAGACAAUGUCCUCGCGGUAGACGUUCUCCAGGCAUGGAAGGCGCUGAAAUUAGACACUGGUUGGAGUAACGAGGUACGAGUGCAGGUAUUCAUCAGUUAA